AUGGCAUCUGUCACCGCGACCGCCGUAGAACUAGAGGAGCGACUCCGCAAACACUCUGCAGCAUUCACGCAACUGCUCAACCUCAUCCCCGCAAAGAACUACUUCAGCGUCGGCGACGGCAGCAUCCUACAGACGCAAUGGAAUAAGCGCAAACAAACCAAAGAGGAAUCGCAGCGCGCAAAGAAAGCCAAACUCGACCCUGACGCCUUCAUCACAACCUCAGACUUUGGGCGCCAGCAGCAGCAACAGCUCGAGGCCGAUGACACCACGGUGCUCGAAGUCCGCGGCGGCGAAGACGUAGCAGUAGUAGCGCCGGCGGCCGACGAGCCACUGACGAAGAAGCAAAAGAAACAGCAAAAGAAAGACGCAAAGGCCGCCGAAGCAAGUAGCACACCCAAACAUGCAAAAGGCAGCAAGUCCAAGCCCGCCACACCCGCUAAAAAAGAAACCGACGCCGCCCCCGACUCCGACGACGACGGCGGCGAAGCCGAAGAAAUUCAGCUCUCAGGUUUCACCUUCAGCACAGACCUUACCGCCACGCCGCCUCCCGCCCCCUCCACACCGAUCUCCAAAAAGACCGCCGAGAUCUCGCCCGAAAAGCGGCUGGAGCAGAAGGCCCGCCUCGAGGCGCGCAUCCAGCAGCUGCGCGCAAAACGCAACGCCGACAGCCCCGACGGCACGCCAGCGCGCAACCGCAACGAGCUCAUGGCCGCGCGACGGAAGGAGGAGGCGCAGACUCGGAAGGAGCGCAAGAAGGAGCAGCGAGUGAGGCAGCGGGUGGUGAAGAGUGCUGCACGGCCCGGGAGUAGUAGUGGUGGUGUAGUUGUGGGGACACCAAGGGGGACGCCGGUGCCGACAUCCGCGCCCGCUCCUGCGGUUACUACUCCGGCGCCUAAACCUGCGUCUACACCUACGCCUGCGUCUGUUGCGGCGCCGGGGAGUAACAGUGCCGGUAAAGCGGCGGAAAAACAGAAGAAGAAGAAGGCCGGAGCAAAGAAGAGCCGGCCCGGGUUCGAGGGGAGCAUAAAGGCCGGCAAGGGCGGUAGCAGCAAAAUAAAAUAG